AACAGGCAUAACAUCCCAUAUCCACACUCCACAGUCUCUCCUCCUCCAGCUGAUAGCGUUGCAAGCUUGCGAGCAACGACCCUCAGCACCUUAACUCACCGUGAUUUGCAGCUUCUUGGUGUGGCGAGUGACAGGCUUGAACGGACGGUGUGAUUUAUACAAGUUCUGGACAUAGAUAAGAUGGGUGUUGAUUACAUCAGUUAUGGCUAUGCCGCUGCAGUAACCAUGGGAGGAAUCGUAGGAUAUGUUAAAGCUGUUUGUCAUCCUUGCAGGCAGCAUACCAUCCCUUGGAGCAGGGCUGCUCUUCGGUUCACUCCUGGGCUUUGGUGCCUACCAGCUAAGCACCAACCCCUCCAACUACUACCUUACACUUGGUACCAGCACAGUUCUUGGAGGGAUCAUGGGGAUGCGUUUUCUUAAUUCUGGCAAGAUUAUGCCAGCAGGUUUAAUUGCUGGAUUGAGCCUGGCCAUGGUGGCAAGAUUGGGAGCCAGGGCUGCGGGACUCACAGGCACAAAGAUGCAGUAAUGACCCUCUGAUACAUUCUUGAUUGUAGUAGCAGCAGCAGGUACUAAUAUUGCUACAACUACUGAUACUAACAAUUAUGAUAACCAACCAGAUUGACAUUCUCCAUAAAUUAUUGUAAUAUUGGUAAUAUUUAUGAAGAUGUAGUCAGUGGCCAGAACAUGUAACUCACUUAUAACUGGCCAUGCUGGACAAGAACAAGUCACAUUCUUGCUUUGCAGUGGUAGAAUAAUUUACCAUUUUUUUUCUUUUUUGCAAUUGUUAUUAAUAGUAGUAAUAGUAAUGAAGUUGUUGUUAUUAUUGUAAAUGCAGUGCUACUACAUAUGGAAAUGUUAAUAU